GGCAGCCUCCUGGACGAGGCGUCGUGCAAGAAGCGCAAGAUAGUGUGGGACCACUACUGCAGCGUCAAGGACUCCCAGGUGGUGUUCGUCCCAGGCAGGCUCGGCGGCGGCGACGCGCGGGUGGCGCUCUCCGUCUCGACCACGCUGCCCUCGGCGCCGCAGCUGCUCGAGGACGAGAGCUGGGACCAUCAGGGGACGUGGGGCUCUUCGAGCUCGGCCCCCGCCGCCGAGCAGCCAGCGCCGGGGCCGCCCCCGCCCGUGGCGACGACCCCUCGGGUGGCUCCGUGCGCCCGGCGGACUUCCCGCCGCCGCCGCGCAAGCCGGCGACGGCCCCGUCCGAG